CUGCUGCUUCCUCGGGCCAUUUUGCUGAGGAGCGAAGGGGAGGAGGAGCCGCCGAGGAGACUCAAGGCGAAGAGCGGCGAGCCGGAGGAGGCGGCGACCGCGCGGGCACGGGCUUUCCUCGAUCGCGGGGAUCUCGAGGGGCGAAGGGAUCGCUUGGGAGGGGACCGGAGAGCCGCGCCUGCCGCGCGGCGCGCCCCUUCCCGCCCCCUGCACCAUGAGCUGGGGCACCGAGCUCUGGGAUCAAUUUGACAACUUAGAAAAACACACACAGUGGGGAAUUGAUAUUCUUGAGAAAUACAUCAAAUUUGUAAAGGAAAGGACAGAGAUUGAACUCAGCUAUGCAAAGCAACUCAGGAAUCUUUCGAAGAAAUACCAACCUAAAAAGAACUCGAAGGAGGAAGAAGAAUACAGGUAUACAGCAUGUAAAGCCUUCCUUUCCACCCUGAAUGAGAUGAACGAUUAUGCUGGACAGCAUGAAGUCAUCUCCGAGAACAUGACCUCCCAGAUCACCGUGGAGUUAGCACGCUACGUCCAGGAAUUGAAGCAGGAGAGGAAAUCGCACUUUCAUGACGGACGGAAGGCACAGCAGCACAUAGAGACUUGCUGGAAGCAACUAGAAUCGAGUAAAAGACGUUUUGAGCGGGAUUGCAAAGAGGCUGACCGAGCCCAGCAGUACUUUGAGAAAAUGGAUGCUGACAUAAAUGUUACAAAAGCAGAUGUUGAAAAGGCACGACAACAAGCUCAAAUGCGUCACCAAAUGGCAGAGGACAGCAAAGCAGAUUACUCAUCAAUUCUUCAGAAAUUCAACCACGAGCAGCAUGAAUAUUACCAUACUCACAUUCCCAAUAUCUUUCAGAAAAUACAAGAGAUGGAGGAGAGGAGGAUAGUGAGAAUUGGAGAAUCAGUGAAGACGUAUGCAGAGCUGGAUCGGCAGGUGAUUCCAAUCAUCGGGAAGUGCUUGGAUGGAAUAGUAAAGGCAGCCGAGUCAAUUGAUCCGAAAAAUGAUUCACAGCUGGCCAUAGAAGCUUAUAAGUCCGGUUUUGAGCCGCCUGGAGACAUUGAAUUUGAGGAUUACACUCAGCCGAUGAAGCGCACUGUGUCAGAUAACAGCCUUUCGAAUUCCAGAGGAGAAGGCAAAUCAGAGCUCAAAUUUGGUGGCAAAUCCAAAGGAAAGUUAUGGCCGUUCAUCAAAAAAAAUAAGCUUAUGUCCCUUUUAACAUCCCCCCAUCAGCCUCCCCCACCUCCCCCUGCCUCUGCCUCACCCUCUGCUGUUCCCAACGGCCCCCAGUCUCCCAAGCAGCAAAAGGAACCCCUCUCCCAUCGCUUCAACGAGUUCAUGACCUCCAAACCCAAAAUCCACUGCUUCAGGAGUCUAAAGCGUGGGACUCAGUCUCUCUGUUUUCACAAAGAACUCGUGAAGAGGACGAUAGGGAAACCCACGUAUGCUUUUGAAGCUAGGGAUUAUGUUCUUUCUCUCAAGCUGGGUGCGACUCCAGAAGAUUUCAGCAACCUCCCACCUGAACAGAGAAGGAAAAAGCUACAACAGAAAGUCGAUGAACUAAAUAAAGAAAUUCAAAAGGAGAUGGAUCAAAGAGAUGCCAUCACAAAAAUGAAAGAUGUCUACCUAAAGAAUCCGCAAAUGGGAGACCCCGCCAGUUUGGAUCACAAAUUAGCAGAAGUCAGCCAAAAUAUAGAAAAACUGAGACUGGAGGCCCAGAAAUUUGAGGCCUGGCUGGCCGAGGUUGAAGGCAGACUCCCAGCACGCAGCGAACAGGCCCGUCGGCAGAGCGGCAUGUACGAUGUGCAGAACCCCCCAGCCGUCAACAACUGUGCACAGGAUCGGGAGAGCAGCCCGGAUGGCAGUUACACAGAGGAGCAGAGUCAGGAGAGUGAGGUCAAGGUGCUGGCCACGGAUUUCGACGAUGAGUUUGAUGACGAGGAAUCCCUCCCCGCCAUAGGGACGUGUAAAGCUCUCUACACGUUCGAAGGUCAGAACGAAGGAACCAUUUCAGUAGUUGAAGGAGAAACAUUGUACGUUAUAGAGGAAGACAAAGGUGACGGGUGGACCCGCAUCCGGAGAAGUGAAGACGAAGAGGGUUACGUCCCCACUUCAUACGUCGAAGUCUAUUUGGACAAAAAUGCCAAAGAUUCCUAAAGAUGGUUCCGGGAGCCAGAGCCUCGGGAGAGCCUUCCCAGGAGAAACCCUUCGGUCUGCUUGUCUCCACAGGCCUGGGUGUCCGCCAGCGCCUUGGGGCUCUGCUGGUGUGUGGCCCUCGGAACCUAAGCCUGAAGCGACAUCCAUCCCCACGUGCAGCGGCUUGCCUUUUUCUUUCUUUUCUUUUUACAGCAUGUUCCUCGUAGCCUGGUUCCUCCCCUGGCCCAGCCUGGCUGCCUCUUGCGGGGAGGUCUGUCCCUGUCUUGGUCCCCGUCCAACUCGGGGCCACAGAAGGCGGCUUGACGCGUGGUCCCUCCUUCCUGGGCCUCGGCCCUCAGUCCAUCUGGCGCAUCCCGGCCCGUCCACAAUUCACACUGUGCCUUUCGUGAAAACUUUGCCACUGGUCUCCCGGGGAGACGAACCGCAUCUGAACCAGGAGGGUCAGGCUUGCACCAGGUGGACUGGGCGCCCGAAUGUCACUCAUGUGUCCCUGUGUCCUUUACGUUAGAAAAUACUCAUCUUUUCCCCAGUCCAUUGGGUAUUCGGUGGUCCUUUCCUGACUGUGCGUCCUCACCUCAUACUAAACAAUUGGCCCUUGAAACGUUUCACAGCCUCAGAGUGUCCGUGGCGGGCACUGGGGCAUGUACACGCACACUCACAUACACACACGUACACACGUUUUUGUUUGGGGCCCUGUCUUCAGUGGCCUGGAAAAGUCCACAGCGAAAGUCAAAUUCCAGCUCUUGGGCCAGCCCUGCUGUCCUGCCUGUGUCCACCUUUCAUGGGGUCAAGGAAGGCCCCAGCCCACCUUCUCCCCGUUGGCCGCCUGUUAAUGAGAACUGCAGACCGUGAACGAGGGUCUCACCUCUGCGUUAGCUCAUUGCCACGGGAAGACUCUCCCCUUUCCGUGAAGUCCGAGCUCCGCAUCUUAGGGAUUCUAGCGCUUUCGUCACCAAAGACCCUGUGCUUCAUCAAGUGAUCCCGUGGCUACAGCUGCCACAUUUUCCCACCUGCUCUCCAGGCCAAGUGGAAUUAAUCAAGUUUGUUUUUUGAGCUAAAUUUCCUUCCUCUUAUGGGUCUUUGAGGAAGACGUGAGGUCAUGUACCCUGUGGUCACUCAUGCCUUAGAGCAGCAUAGCUUCUGUACUUAUUCGGUGCAGAAAAAGCCCAGAGAAAUCAUUGGCUGUGAGUUUCUGUGAGCGAGGAUGCCGUCAGAAGCCCAAGGCAUGAUGCCACCAGGCAUCUUUCCUCUUUUGUUUGGCUUUUGGUAACCAGGAGGUCACCUUGAGCAUCCUCAUUGCUUCUCAACCCUUAUGAAUCAAGACAAGGAAAUCUUACAGGAGCCGAAGGGACAAGGACAGAAAGGACAGGUCCUGAGGGUUGGGCCUUUGUUCAGUGGUAGGAAAACGGUUCCUCUCGGCAAACCAGGGUUGACCACACACCAGCCUCUGAGAGUGGCUGAGGCAACCCUUGGUGACAAGAAACCAAGAGGGAGCAAAUACCAAGGGCAAAAAGCAGGGGAAGAGGAAGUGGCUUCAGGUUUGAGCAAGCGUGAGUCACCCCCUCGCUCUUUCUUCCCCCAGAGGGAGCCUCUGCAGCUGCGGGCAUCUGGGGGCCGCUCCGUUAACACCCAAGGGGCGGCCCCACUGUCACACACUCCUCAGUCUCAUGAGGGGACUGUCUUGGCAGAUGACGGUGAAGCCAGGAUGCCAAAGGGCGAGAAGAGUCAGGGCCUCACCCGUGUCCCUGCAAACCAGCAGGUGCGUGGUUCCUAUGGACAGUCCCAGUGGCAGGGUGACCGGGUGUCUCCAGCAACUUCUGAAUCUCACCAAGUCCAGCUGCCCACUCUUCACUCUACAAGGAUGCUACACAUUUUUUUAAAAUCUGACUUUAGAGCCUUGGGAAUGCAUGUGCAUUGCAUCUUUCAUAUUAGGGGCCAGGAUAGAUUAAUUUCUUACAACCUAGGGGAAAAGGCAUAAAGUGCAGUAAUUUGUUCUUUUAAUGUCUGUUAAACCCGAAAUAGAAUAUGCUGGUAUCCUCUUGUAUCCCCUGUGCCUUUUUUUUUCUCUGUACCACCUGUGUCCAAAAAAGAAUGGAUAAAUGAGUGCUUUUCAAUGUUAACCUUGGUGUUUGCUUCUCUGACAGUCUGUGUGGCUAUGGGGAAAGGGCAAAGCUGUACCAGCUGGGCUUAGUAAAGGAAGUAAGUUAUUAUAGGAUAGUUGAGAUAUAUCACUUACUCUGGGAGUCCUACUGUGAAAUCAUCUAUAUAUUACUAUAGAGCAGUUCACAUAGAGUAGAAACGUGGUAUUUCCCAUGUGCUUCUUUCUCAGCCUUCCCUCGUAUCCACUGCCCGUCACUUCUCCACCAAUGCUAGGAUAUUGCUGUGCUGUAAGAAUAACUCAUUUUUAAAGAAGCUACCCUGAAAAUAACUUAAAAUGAAAGAGAGGAACCUGUCGUUUACCCAAUUUUUCAUUUGCAGGAUAGGAAAGAAUAUAAAGGCAUGGAAAGCUGUAAUGGGAUUGCCCUUUGGGUUUAUAUCACGAUCUUCCUGAAGCUUUUGGGUGCCAGCAGCCUGUCUCUCCAGCAGUAGCGCAGAGGCCUCUGAUGCCUUUUGGUAACAUCUGUAAUUACUGGGGAAAAGUUUACUGAACAUGAAAAAGUUAUGUUGAUGCUAAGUAUUUUUGCAGAAAUGUCGAUUUCAUACUUCCUAAGGGGUCUGCCUCCUGUGCUUACAUCAAAAAAAACUUUAAAAAGUGAUCCAAAAUUUUAUUUUAACCUGGUGUCAGCACCUUUAAACUUCUUGGUUUAUCUGUGUGUGUUGCAGUAAUUUUAAACUUUGGAGGCAUUUCAGUGUUGUAAGUGGCCCGUCGCCAUUGUAAAGGUUAUGGAACUGCCCAUUUGUCUCUGGAGAUGGAAUUAAACCAAAUAAAGUGCUUCCACUGGAAGGCUUAUAUUGACCUUGUAACUAUAUGUUAAUCCUCUAAAUGUUAAAUAAAAGUGUAACUUCUGGCACGGUA